UCACACUUUACAUCACGACAAUACCACACUGCAGGAUACAUAUCACCAUCCAUAUCCCAACCCAAACAAGCUCAUAUCAAAGAUGACUACCCAAAACGACCCCCCCGGCGACCCCAAAACAACCAAAUCGCAAAUCCUCGAAACCGGCGCCGCAGUUGUCCAAGACUUCACGCCUGUAAAACAAAUUUGCGCUCAUCUGAACGCCUUCCACGUCUACGUUGACGACCCGGCCCGCUGCGUCGAGGCAAACCACUACUGUUCGCAUAUCACAGAAGACCUAAGACAAUGCCUCCUCUACUCCUCGCCGGACCGCAACGCCAAACUCCUCGGCGUAGAAUACAUGAUAACGCCGCGUCUCUUCUCGACUCUACCCCCAGAGGAAAAGAAACUCUGGCACACCCAUGAAUACGAAGUCAAGAGCGGUAUGCUAGUCAUGCCUGCGCCGUCUGGCGUUCCCUCGACGGUAUGGGAGACGGCCGAGACGGCCGAGAUGAGAGAUAUAUUGCCGUUGUAUGGCAAGACGUAUCAUUUUUGGCAGGUGGAUCGUGGGGAUCCGGUGCCGUUGGGGCCGCCGGUGCUUAUGGGGAGUUUUACUAGGGAUGAGGAUGUGAAGAGAGUGCAUGAGGGAGGGUUGGAGGGGUUGUGUAAGGGUAGGGAUGAGAGGUUUGGGGUUGAUGUUAGACAUAAGAGGGAUGUUAGAAGCGGCAUUGAGAGGCCAGAGGGGUGGGAGAUUGAUUCUGAGGCGGAUGUUGCGUGGAAGAAGUAGGUUACUGCUUAUGAUGGUUCCUAUCGAAGCGAAGUUGACAAGUCAUGAACGAAGGAAGACUAUAUUGAUUCUAUGAAAAAGGUUGUCUCCCGGCAUUACCACCCAGCUUCCCAUUCCCAUAGUUAAAUGGGGUCCAAGCCGGGCUAUCGUUUAGGGAAUCGACCACCGUAGCGGACGAAAUGUGUUCAUCUUGCUUCACUGUCCACACUCACGCGUUCUGGUGUUUAAUUUCGGCAACGGUGAGCUCUAGCAAUUUUAGAAGCGAUGUAGAUAUAUAUCUGUAUGAUUGUGAUGUGUAUCAUAUCAUGCAAGAGGAAAAAGACACUAUAGGCGAUUGGCAACAUAAACCAACGACCAUUGAUUUCGAAUGACCGUCAAGGGAAGAAUAAAUGCAAUCAUAAAGCACUUAUAUCCCUCGACCAUCCAUCAAAACACAUAAAACAUGGGCGAACGAAAUUGACCCCGUAAAAAAACCGGGCAUUGUUGUGCGAAA